AUGCUCAGGACCCUCGGGCUGGCCCUGCUGGCCGUGGUCAGCGCCGUGGGCCCCACCCUGGCCAGCGGCUUCACAGAAAAAGGCCUCUCUUUGCUGAGUUACCAGCUAUGCAACCAGAGUGUGGCCCGGAGCGUGCCGAGCGUGGAGGCUGUGCAGACGUCCCUCCUGACCCACGUGCCCUGCGGCCGCUGGGUCCCCUGGCGGCGCUGCCCCAAGACGGUCUACAGGACCCGCUUCCAGGCGGUGGAGGUUCCCGAGCGGAGGAAUGUGACCGACUGCUGCGAGGGCUACGAGCAGCUGGGCCUCUACUGCGUCCUGCCCCUGAAUCGAUCGGCAGAGUUUGCAUCCAGACCUGGGACCUGCCCGACGGUGGGGCCGGAAGCGUCCACCUCGCCGUGUGCCCUGGACACCGACUGUCCCGGCCUUCAGAAGUGCUGCCCCUGGCCGGGGGGCCUGCGCUGUGCGGCUCCUGCUCCCCGAGCUCCGGAGGGGACCCUGGCAGGUUUCUGGUACAACGUGACCGUCCUGGUGAAGAUGGACUUCAAGGAGCUCCGGCAGGUGGACCCCGGGCUCCGGGAUCACAUGCGGCUCCUGCACUCCAUGGUCACCGGUGCCCUGCAGCCACUGGACACCACGGUCCACCACCUGCGCUCGGCCGGCGGGGCCACGUCGACCACGGUGUCCUGGCUGCUGCUGGGCUUGCCGCGGCCGGCGCCGGCGGCCCGCGUGUCCUCAGCCCUGGACGGCAUGGUGCAGCGCGUCUACGAAGUGAUGGCUGUCCAGGUGCAAGAUGUAAACGAAUGUUCCUUUGACGAACUCCACACCUGCCCUGCAAGGGAACGGUGCGUGAAUGUGGAGGGCUCUUACCGGUGUGUCUGUCCCCCGGGGUCGCUGACUUCGUCUCCCCAGGAGCUGGACGGCACGUGUGAAGAUUGCCCGCCCAUCAGAGACCACGUGACCCUCAAUGUCACCAGCAGCAGCUUUCACGUGUCUUGGCGUUUAAAUUCCACCCAGAACCACAGUGUCCAGGUGGAGGUGUACAAGGGUGAGGAGCUGCUCAGGACUUCCAGGACCCGGGGGACAAGCCUGGAGGUGGCCGGGCUGGAGGCCGGAGUGCGGUAUGGGGUGAAGACCAGCUACCAGGCGUGUGGGGCCAACAUCGCCGCUGCACUGACGGUCAAGACCGAUGCCCGGGUCUUUGAAGUCACGGUGAGGAUCCUAAACCACAAUGUGACGGAGAGGCUGCUGGACCGCAGCAGCCCUGAGUACCGGAACUUCUCCCGACAGCUGCUGCACGAGGUUGAAAACUCCUUCCCGCCCGCGGUUUCCAACCUGUACAGAAGAGGGAAGCUGAGGGUACAGAUCGUGUCCCUCCAGGCCGGAAGCGUGGUCGUGAGGCUCAGACUCACGGCAUGGGACCCCGAGUUCCCAGUGGAUGUGUCCACGCUGGCCCCCAUGCUUCCGCCACUGUGGGCAAGCGGCCUGUUCCGGAUCGACCCGCGGGGGACACGUGUGCAAGACUGGGACGAGUGUGCGGACAGCCUGGAGCAUGACUGCUCGCCGGCCGCCCAGUGCAUCAACCUCGAGGGCUCGUACACCUGCCGGUGCCGGACGGCCGGGGAUGCCAACCCCUCCAGACCGGGCCGGGCCUGCGAGGGUGACGUGGUGAGCCCCACGGGGGCUGUGCUGACUCCAGUGACAGGGGAAACAGCCCCAGCUCCCAGCACAGAAGCGACAGCCCUUGGCCUGGAGACCCCUGCCCGGUCACACAGCCCCGCACACCCAUGGGACACCCCUGCGGUGGGCCAGGCCUGGACCCCAGGGCCCCCACCCAGGAGAGGGGUCAGUGGCACGGUCGGCUACGGUAGUAACAGCACCGGGCAAGGCGUGGAGGAGGAGUUGCCUCCAAACUCCACUACCGAGCCGCCCUUUUGGCCCACUCCUACUGAAGGACCCACGGGCCACAUUGAGUGGCAUGCCAGCCUCCCCACGAGGGACACACUUGCAGCACCUCUGGACCCCACGUGGCCUCAGAACUCGGACCCUGGACCCUCCGGCUCCCCAGACCUGCCCUCAGCCCCAGCCCCUGCAUCUCCGAAGAUCCCGGCCUGCGCUCCCGUCCCCGUCGGCAGAGUCUCAGUCUCCAAUGUGACCAGCACAGGCUUCCACGUGGCGUGGGCGGCAGAUCUCACCCUGCACCGCACUUUCCAGCUCACCCUGAUUUCUGCUCGGGGCCCUGCAGUGCACCUGGAGACCCAGAACGCAAGUCUGACUCUGUCCGACCUGGAGCCUGGCGUCUUGCACUUGGUUGAGAUCGUGGCCAAAGCAUGUGGGGAAGAAAGUUCCAGAGCCCACCUGAGAGUGAGGACAGCAGCCCAGAAGCUCAGUGGACAAGUCAGAAUAGCGAACGUCAGGUAUUCAGAAUCCUUCCGCAACGUGAGCAGCGGGGAGUACCAGGCCUUCCUGCGGCUGCUUUUCAGGGCGGUGCGGGAUUCCUUGCCAGCCUCCAUGCGUCAGCACCUGGACACAGGUGGGGUGCGGGUGGAGGUGACCCGCAUCGCCAAUGGCAGUGUCGUGGUGGAGUUUACCCUGCUGAUCGUCGCAGACGUGGAUGUCCGGGAGGUGUCUGCUGCGUUCCUCACCGCCUUUCAGAACACGUCUCUGCUGGAGGUGGUCGGAGGGGACACCUCCAUCUGGGAUUACGACGAGUGCGAGAGGAGGGAGGACGACUGCGGACCGGGCUCCACCUGCCGCAACUCCCUGGGGUCUUUCGCCUGCAGCUGCGGGGGAGGCACCCCCGGCUUCUCCGUAGAAUAUUCUGGAAGACCCUGUGAAGGCGACCCCUCUGGCAACACGACCCGGCCCCCUACCCCGGCAGGAACUGGGACUGUCUCUGCGCAGGGGCACCACCUGGCCCCCCAGGGCCUGCCCCCACGGCUGAACCUGACCGGAGCGGUCAAGGUGCUCUGUGAGAUCGAGAAGGUGGCUAUCGCCAUCCAGAGGCGCUUCCUGCAGCAGGAGUCCAUCCCCGAGUCCUCCCUGCACCUGGGCCACCCAUCCUGCGGCGUCAGCGACCGCAACAGCACGCACGUGAUCCUGGUGGCUGCGUGGAACGAGUGUGGGACCGUCGUGCAGAGCAACAUGACGAAUACGGUGGUGAGGACCAUGCUGAGGAACGACGUGUCCCCAGAGGGCGUCAUCCACCACCCGAAGAUCCUGAGCCCCAUCCACUGUGCCUUCCAGAACGACCUCCUCAUGUCAUCGGGCUACACCCCUGAGUGGGGGGUUUACACCAUCAUCGAGGACCUCCACGGCUCUGGAAGCUUUGUCACUGAGAUGCAGUUAUUUAUUGGAGACUCUCCUAUUCCUCAAAAUUACAGCGUGUCUGCCAGUGAUGACAUCAAGAUCGAAGUAGGGCUCUAUAAACAGAAAAGCAACCUCAAGGUGGUCCUGACUGAGUGCUGGGCGACGCCGUCCAGCAACGCCAGGGACCCCGUCAUGUUUGGCUUCAUUAACAACAGCUGCCCCAUCCCCAACACACACACCAUUGUGAUCGAGAACGGAAACUCCUACAAGGCUCAGGUUAAGCUGAAAAUCUUUUCUUUCAUCAACAACUCCAUAGUCUACCUGCACUGCAAACUCCGCAUCUGCCUGGAAUCCCCUGGAACCACGUGCAAAAUAAAUUGCGAUGACUUUCGGUCACCGAGAAGUGGGGAGACAUCUGUGACGCACCAGAUGUCCUGGGGGCCCCUCAUUCGCUCCGAAGGACCACCUCCGGGUGCAGAGCCGGGCCUGGGCUCCGGUUACCUGGUCCUCAUCGCAGUGGCCGUCCUCGCCGCGGUGGCGGGGGCAGCUGCCCUUCUCGUCACGCGAUACCAGAGAGUGACGGGAAAGUACAGCUUCAGAACCCAGGCCGACAACUUCAGCUACCAGGUGUUCCGUGAAUAAGGCGCCCCCGCCCGAGGUGGGUGCGAUGCAUCUGACGCUGAGUCCCGCCCUCACCCCCCGACGGUCACGGCGCAGCGUGUCCUGGUGUUUUGGGCAAAGGGUGGGUUGCGGGGGUUGGUGUUUCAUGCCCGUGAUAUUGUAGUUUAUAGUAAGAAAUUCGUAUUUGGUCUUCGUCCACUGUUCCUGGCAGGGGCUUCUAAAACCCUUGGAAUUUCCUAAAUGAUGAUGGCAUUAAGGGUGGUUCUGUUAUGUUAAUGAGGUGACCUUUGGCCAAACCUUAGGAUAGGGGCUGGUGGCCGGGAGAACCAACCCAUGUGAUUGGAGGCCUGGAGCGUUCAGUCCCUCCCCAGCCGCCAGGGAGGGGACAGGCUGGAGACUGAGUUCAAUUGCCAAUGAUUUCAUCAAUUGUGUUUCUGUAAUGAGAACUCCAUAAAAAAAACCCCCAAAAUGGGGUUCAGGGAGCGUCCACAUUGGUGGACCCGUGGAGAUUUGGGGAGAGUGACUCUGGAGAGGUCACGGAAGCCCGGGGCCCCACCCCACACCUGCCCUCUGCGUCUCUUCCAUCUGCCGGUCCCUGAGUUACACCCCUUUACAGUAAACCGGUGACCUAGUAGGUAAAAUUCUCCUCCGAGCUCUGCGAGCCGGGGCCCAGCCGCAUGUCCCGGGUGACGUGACGGGGACAGACGUCACGAGCUCCAAGCAGUGCUUUGAGCCUUUGAGAGUGUGGACACCCUCUGAGCUGUCGAGGGGCACGUGGGCCUCAUUCCUCUGGGUCUGAAUGUAGCUCCCUGAGAUCAGAUGACGUCCGUUUGGGCUGCAGUGUUGUCGGAACAGACCUAACCACACUGUGGGGGGUGCCAGACUUGUUUCUGAGAAGGUUUUGAGAUUUUUUAAAAAAGUAGAAGAAAAGAUCACAGACCACGGUUGGUAGCUUUUAGUGAUGCUUCCUUAAAGCUGUCAGAGGUGAUGCCGGCUGGGGGUGGGCGGCAGCCUGAGACUGGCUCUGGUCCUCACCUGCGCCCCCAUCUUUGCCCUCAUCUGUGGGUUCUUUCUCUGCAUCAUCUCAGGAGGCACACCUGAACAAGGAUCGCAUUGUUGACUGUUUCCUCCGUGGGUGACUGGGUUUAGGUGUGUGUUUUCUUUUGUUCUCGCCCCCCUGCACAAGCCCAUCCUCGGGGGGAGCCCGCUUCACAGCAGUUCCAGAUGGAAAAGGGCCAGCACCCCGCAGAACUGACUCAUGCAGGGCCACAUGGGGAGGGGGCAGGCCCUGGGGCGCAUUCCCACGGCUGCCCCCCUGCCCCACCCCCCCUGCACGGUGCCUGCAGCCCUCUCUGUGCAGAGCCCGGGGCCCCGGAGGCUGCGUGCUCUGCUCUGCCCUGUAGAGCUGGAGCCCCGCUCUCUUGGAAGAGCUGGAAUGCCCCCAGAUUCCAGUGGCUUGUCCCCCAGACUUGAGCUGAUCUCUCCCCAUGUCCUUCCUGACCCCUUUGUCUCAUUGGAGUCUCCCUCACCUCCUGCUCAAAGCCGUUCUCAGGGGAGGAACCGUGAUCCUACUAACAUUAGCCUCACGUGACGGGUUCUAAGCACCGCACCAACGUUUCCUUGUUCAGGGCCCCGACAAUCCCAUGGCGUCGUGUUUUUAUUGUCCCUAUUUCUCAGACGGGGAUCUGGGCAAGGAGGUGAAGAUGUACCCCUGGGCAUGUGACUGGGAAGUGGCAGAUUUGGGAUUUGGAUCUGGGGUCCGUUCUCUUAGCUGCCGAGCUACAGUGCCUCCCUCGUGCUGGCGCGCGCGCGACCAGCAGGUAUUGGGAGCGCUGCCCCUUGGCCUUUCCGUUUACGGGAGAAUUUGUAUUUUGAUAAUUAGCUAAGGGGUGCACAGAUCUCUCUGUGGGGCACCAGGCAUCCAGCAGCGGAGGGAGUGGCUGUUGGGGUCGGAAGGAAAGAGCCUUCCCGGGAGGCAGGUGCUGCUUACCGCUGGGGUCCCCUGCCACACUUGGGGCUCCAAAUAGGGGGUGAGCAGUGGUAACUUCAAUUCAACUUUAGUAGUAAAGUUACCAGCUGCCUCAGGGGGGUGCCUUCUAGUCCAGUUGGGGGCCCACAAGGUUUGGUCAUGAAAACCCUUCCACUCACUGACCCUGUUCAGUCCUGUCCCCGUCAGGGCACUGUCACGUGGACACGGCCCGCAGCGGCUGGCCCAGGUCCCCGUCUCCUCCCUGGGCCAGCAGCUUCCCCAGCGAGACCACCCUCCCAUGUUCACGUCUUCAUUCUCUCGAGAUAACAGACCUUUGAUACAACUCAACAAAGUGUGGUCAACCCUGGCCUCAUCCUUGAAAUGAGGAAGUUGGGCCCAGAGAGCUCCAGUGAACCAUCCCAGUCGCACAGCAGGGCAGGGUCACAGCACACUUCUCCACGCGGCAGCGCCCUUUCUGGGUGAUUUCGUCGUCACCGGAGAAAACGCCAGCUGCCCGAGGAGCUGGUCCUGCAGAUGCUGGAGACACGGUGCCUUCACCUUGUCUCCGCCCCUUGGCCCCGAGGACACGAGGGCGCCCGUGUGCCUGGUUCCGGGACCUCGGUGCCCUCACAGCCGGGAUGGGAAGGGUUGGGCCAGGGCCAGCACGUGAGGCCAGUCACUUACCCGCAUAGAAUCACAGGGAACUUCCAGUGGGUUUUACUUAAUAUUUAAAAUGUGAGUCCCAGCAGGGAGGCCAACACUCGUCCCGCGAACCUUCUGAGGAGACCUGGUGUGUGGGCGCCGUGACCAGGCCGGAAGGCCCCCUCCUGGGAAUUAAAACAUCAGAGGGAAAACUGGCCCCUUGUCUUUUCUUUUUCUCCUGCGGUUUCUGUUUUCCGACGUGAAGAGCAUUUAGAGCUAGUUCUCAAGUUCCUGCAGAAGUUUGCUUUUUGGAAAACGUGAAACAAACAUCCCCAAGGUCGGCCCCGUGUGGGACGAGCCUCUGUCCGGGUGGGUGCAAGGACACCAGGCCCCGAGGCGUGGCCACCCUGCUGACCUGUGGGCGCCGCACCCACCAAGGCCCAGAGCCCAGCCCCGCGGUCCCCGUUGCUCUGUGCCUCCUGGGAGUCGCUGCUGUGUGACUUGGGCCCGGUCUCUCACCAUCCAGCAAGCUCAGAGGUCACACUCUGGGGGUGGUGGUACUCCUCCACUGCCCAUGCUUCCGGGGCUUCCCGCGUGAACCUCUCCUCUC